AUGAUGAACGUCUUCAUGACCAGCUGGGUAACGACACACGCAGCAGCAGCCACAACCGCUCCUAAAACCGAGGCAGGCGUCUACGACACCGUGACAUUCUUCUCGCCUCUCUUCGGCGGAAUAACCAAUCUGCUCCUCACUCCGCUGCUUAUCUAUACUUUCUCCCCGUCUAGUGGAGGCCACAUCAGCCCGACGAUCACGCUAGCCACUUUCUUCGCCCGGAUCAUUUCCUUCCCCCGUAUGGUGCUCUACGUGGCGGGCCAGACAUUGGGUGGAGCGUUGGCGGGCCUUGCCCUGCAUAGUGCCUAUGGAACUCGGGAUUUCACCGUCGGGGGAUGCUAUAUCGAUACCAGUAUGGUUGAUCCCAAAGACGGGCUGGUUAUUGAGUUCUUUGCUUGUUUCAUAUUGAUCUUUCUUGCCUUUGGUGUGGCUCUUGAUCCUAGACAGGCUAAAGUCUUUGGCCAUGCUACUGCCCCGUGGUUGGUGGGGAUUGUGCUUGGGAUUGUUAGUUGGGGCACGGCGUUUACUCGUGAGGGUUAUAUUGGUGCUAGUCUCAACCCGGCCCGGUGUCUCGGAGCUUAUGUCGCGUCUAGUUUCCCCAGCUAUCAUUGGAUCCACUGGAUUGGACCACUGGCGGCUUCCAUCGGCCACGGCGUUGUCUACUUCGUGGACCCACUUUGGACUGAAAAGCGGAGUUCGCCGUGA